AGUGUGCAUCACUCAAAUUUACAGGAUUAAAAGUAAUAAGAGGGAGCUGCAUUAAUUUAGCUCAGGGAUAGCGUUAAUUUUUGACAGAAAUCUUAUUAAAAUUAAUUUGCCUUGUAAAUUACAAUGCAAUUACUUAUACAAUGAUAAAACAACCUUUACUAUAGAGAUGUGUAUUGCAUGAAGCAUACUAGGUAGGGAAGUAUUGAAAGUACCAUAAAAGUUAAAGACGUAUGUAAUCAUUAAGAUUUAUGCAAGUUAUGGAUGAUAAAUCGGAGACAGAAAUGCAUAGAAUAUGUUGAUCAGUCAUUUGAAGCUUCCCCAAGAGAGGAAAUAUCAUUUUCUCAUAUGAAGUGCACCACUUAAAAGAUGGAUCACAACCGAAUGAAUAGUUUCAUCUUGUCUAACCACAUCCCUGUAGAUAGACAAUAUUUUACAGGAAAAUAAUAUUUUAUAAGGAUUUUGUAUUAUAUUUCUACUUUAAAGUUGUAAAUUAGGACUGCAAUCUAACCAGUUUUUCUAUUUUAAACUCAAUAUGUGCUGUGUCUAUCUUUUAUAAACAGGUUGUACUUGAUCUUGAUUAGCGGAUCUUUUAAUUUAUUUUGGAAUGCAUAAGUUUGUCACAUUUAUCGCUACAAUAAUAAAAGAAGUAAAUGUAGAUGCACUGAGUACAUUUGAAAUUGAGGUUACUGCUAACUCUACAUUAGGCUUAUAAUUUGUUAGUCGGAACUUUAUUAACAGGUAGAUGUAUAGACUAAAAUUAAAAAAAUUUGCAAAGCUUUGUUUUAGCCCCAGAUAUACUAUUAUUAUAUUGUUAAUUGAUAUCUCAUAACUU